AGACAAUCCUAGUCCCUGUCUCUGAGCUUCUUGUUCCGAGCUUUCACCAUCUUCUUCGGCCUUCGUUAUUCGCGCAUAUACGUUUCUGAUUUGAAACGUUUUCCUCGAUUUGAAAAGUCGAAAAUUUUCGAUUUGCGCGUGAAGAAAGCAUGCAGUGAUAGAAUUGCUGUGCUCGAGUGCGGUGUUCGUUGAUGGUCAUCUAAUAAGUUUCUUCAUAAAGCUCCAGCGUUCCGAAUUCGCCAAGGCUCGGAAAGAAUGCUGGCUGUAUCAGCAGCUUCUCUGGCAGACAAUAACAACUAUAAUUUGAGAAAUGGUUGCCUUUGGGAAAAAGCUAAAGGAAAGACAAGUUCAAGAAUGGAAGGGGUAUUACAUCAAUUAUAAACUUAUGAAGAAAAAAGUAAGACACUAUUCUCAACAAAUUAAAGUUGGAGCAAUAGACCGGAGGCAUGUCCUAAAGGACUUUUCAAGGAUGCUGGAUAAUCAGAUUGAGACUAUUGUCCUUUUCCUGUUGGAACAACAAGGACUACUUGCAAGCAGGAUAGCCAAACUUGGAGAACAACAUGAUGCUCUUCUGCAGCAACCUGAUAUAUCCAAAAUAUUUGAACUACGAGAAGCUUAUAGACAAGUGGGCCGUGAUCUUCUGAAGCUUCUCUUUUUUGUUGAGGUGAAUGCCAUUGGUCUGCGUAAGAUAUUGAAGAAGUUCGAUAAACGCUUUGGAUAUAGAUUCACCGACUACUAUGUCAAAACUCGUGCGAAUCAUCCUUACUCACAGCUCCAGCAAGUGUUUAAGCAUGUGGGCAUAGGGGCUGUUGUAGGAGCUGUAUCUCGCAAUCUUCAUGAACUUCAGGACCGACAAGGAAGCUACUUAUCAAUAUAUGAUCAGCCUGCUCUUCCCCUCCAGGAUCCUGUUAUUGAUUCAGUAAAAGCAGCUGUGGACAGGUUAACCAAUUCAACAAACUUUCUGAACUUUUUGGGGCAACAUGCACUUAUUCUGCAAGAAGAUAUGCUGCCUGAACAAGUUGAUGAUCAGAGAUACCACUUUAUGUCACUUGUCUUGAACUUAGUGAACACGUUCCUUUACAUGGUCAAUACAUAUAUUAUUGUUCCUACAGCAGAUGACUACUCCAUGAGCCUUGGUGCUGCAGCGACAGUUUGUGGUGUUGUGAUUGGAGCAAUGGCUGUUGCACAGGUGUUUUCUUCAGUGUAUUUUAGUGCAUGGUCAAAUCGGUCAUACUUCAAGCCUCUUGUAUUUAGCAGUAUUGUUCUUUUUGUGGGAAACACCCUGUAUGCUCUGGCUUAUGAUCUUAAUUCGAUAUGGGUACUGUUGAUUGGUCGUCUUUUCUGUGGGCUGGGUUCUGCAAGAGCUGUUAACAGGCGUUAUAUUAGUGAUUGUGUACCUCUGAAAAUCCGCAUGCAGGCGUCAGCAGCUUUUGUUAGUGCUAGUGCCCUUGGAAUGGCAUGUGGUCCUGCUCUUGCUGGCUUACUUCAAACUCAUUUCAAGAUUUACAAGCUUACAUUCAAUCAAGACACUUUGCCUGGUUGGGUUAUGGCUAUAGCCUGGCUUCUAUACUUAAUAUGGCUGUGGAUCUCAUUUAGAGAACCUGCUCGUGAAGAUGAAGUGAGUUCUGUACAAGAAGGAUCCAAUAGCAGAACAGCAGUAAACGAUGCACUCGAGAAAGGUCUUAAUCAACCAUUGCUCAUUAGUGCUGAAGACAAGAGAGAAGAUGAAGAUGGUGACCAAGAUAUUGAUGAAAGUGAAGAAGCUCCUGAGGAAUCUCGUCGACCAGCCACUUCAAUUCGAUCCGCAUAUCAACUACUUACACCCUCUGUAAAGGUUCAAUUGUUGAUAUAUUUCAUGCUCAAGUAUGCUAUGGAGAUUUUACUUUCAGAAUCUAGUGUUGUUACGACAUACUACUUUAGCUGGAAUACUAGCAAAGUCGCAAUUUUUCUGGCGUGUCUUGGAUUAACCGUUCUUCCAGUAAAUAUUCUUGUUGGGAGCUACAUUAGCAACAUGUUUGAAGACAGGCUAAUUUUAUUAGUAUCUGAAAUAGUGGUUUGCAUAGGCAUAGUUAUGAGCUUCCAUAUGUUCAAUCCGUACUCUGUGAUACAAUACGUCAGCUCAGGGCUCAUCAUGUUUGUUUCGGCUGAAGUACUUGAAGGUGUCAACUUGUCACUUCUCUCGAGGGUUAUGUCAUCGAGGCUUUCCCGUGGAACAUACAAUGGUGGAUUACUUUCAACAGAAGCUGGGACACUCGCUCGAGUAGUUGCAGAUGCCACCAUAACUCUGGCCGGAUACUUGGGAGAAAGUAGGCUCUUGAACAUCACCUUGCUUCCGUCCCUCGUGAUUUGCGUUUCUUCCAUUAUUGCCACCUGCUACACAUACAACUCUCUCUAUUGAUUUAUCUCUAAAUCUAUUGGAUCAGAAGAAUGCCCGUCGCUUCCCAAUACAACUCCUCCUCAAUUCUUUUCCAAUGAAUCACUGCUAUUUUGUGAUAGAAACUCUAAUUAAAAAAUGUCGGUGUAGAUAAUCUACCAACCUAAUAUAGUUAGUCCUCCUUGGGGAUGGGCAAAUACUCGCAGUUAUUGGUAACUGUGGUUACCGGCUUAUUUAAAUUCAUGGUUACAAUUAUGGGUAAUCGUUUAGAUAGAUAAACGGUUUUUGGUAUAACUUUUAUAUGUGAAAUUUAAAUGGGUAGUUAUAUA